AAAAAUAACUCUAGGUUCAAACCUGAUAAAGAAGGAGAAACAAUCCAAUACACAGGACUUUCGCAAUCUGCAGUUCGAGAAAUUGCUCUGUGUACUGAAUUAAACCACCCUAAUGUCGUAAGACUUGUCGAGAUUAUUCUUGAGGAUCGAUGCAUUUUUAUGGUAUUUGAGUAUACCGAGCACGAUCUCCUGCAGAUAAUACACCAUCAUACUCAGCCUCAGCGACAUGCCAUCCCUGCACCGAUGGUGAAGUCAAUUCUCUUCCAGCUACUCAACGGACUUCUAUAUCUUCACUCAAACUGGGUUCUGCACCGUGAUCUCAAGCCAGCUAACAUACUGGUAACUUCUUGCGGUGCAGUAAGGAUUGGCGAUCUUGGGCUUGCCCGGUUAUUUUAUAAACCGCUAAACUCGCUAUUUUCUGGCGAUAAGGUCGUGGUGACAAUAUGGUAUCGCGCACCUGAAUUACUCCUUGGCUGCCGGCAUUACACCCCAGCUGUCGAUCUCUGGGCGGUUGGGUGCAUAUUCGCUGAGCUACUAUCUCUCCGCCCAAUAUUCAAGGGAGAGGAGGCAAAGAUGGAUAGCAAGAAAAAUGUGCCUUUCCAACGAAAUCAAAUGCUGAAAAUCAUGGAAAUUCUCGGGAUGCCCCUGAAGCAAAACUGGCCUGGCUUAGCUUCGAUGCCCGAAUAUGGCCAGCUUCAAGCUUUUGCGUUGGGCCCUGGGACAAGCCAUAUACAUAAGCCAUCGAGUUUAGAGCCAUGGUAUAACGCCUGUUUGAAGAACGGUUCAUAUUCUCCAUCAUCAACGGCAGGAACUCCGGGGAAAGAAGGCUUUGACCUUCUCUCACGGCUUUUAGAAUAUAACCCAGCGAAAAGGAUUACGGCAAAGGAGGCAUUAGAGCACCCAUACUUUUCAACGGGUAGCCCAAUUACAGCAAAUUGCCUCGAAGGAUUUGAGGGGAAAUACCCAAACCGACGGGUAAGCCAGGACGACAACGAUAUCCGCACCAGUAGCUUACCCGGCACAAAGCGGAGCGGCCUACCAGACGAUUCCCUAACAUCCCGGGCAGCGAAGCGUGUACGAGAGAUGUGA